GGGAGCGGCCGGGGGCCCGCGGCCCUGCCCCCCUCGGCCGGGUCAUGUCGGUGUGCGCCGGCCCCGGCGACGCGGCGGCCCCGCGGCUGCGGCCUCGCGCCGCCCUGAUGGCACGGCGGCCCGAGCUGCUGUGCGGCGCGGCCAUCGUGCUGGGCUGCGCCUUCCUUGUCGCCCUCAAAGUCACCUGCAGCCGAGCAAAAGAUGUAACAAUGCCAGCGAAGCUUCCGGUGAAUUUUUUCUCCACAAAAUCUCCAGUCAUUGAUCUUUUUCGGGGGCAGUUAGACUAUGCAGAUCAGCUCCGUCAGGAUUCAGAAAUUGUGCUGUAUUUCUUCUACGCUCCGUGGUGUGGGCAGUCCAUUGCAGCAAGAGAAGAAAUAGAACACGUGGCCAGCAGAUUGUCAGACCAGGUGCUGUUUGUGGCUGUAAAUUGCUGGUGGAACCAGGGGAAAUGCAGGAAGCAGAAGCAUUUCUUUUAUUUUCCUGUGAUACACUUGUACCAUCGGAGUUUUGGACCAAUUGAAUACAAAGGCCCUAUGAGUGCUGUUUAUAUUGAAAAGUUUGUUCGCCGGGUGAUGACACCACUACUCUACAUCUCGUCUCGAUCAAAAUUACUAGAUUUCCUCUCAAAUUAUGAGCCUGGAGUUGUGGGAUUUUUUGAGUUCAAUGCUUCACCUCAACCUCCUGGUUAUUUGACAUUCUUCACAUCAGCAUUACAUUCAUUAAAGAAAGAUUACCUUGGGACGAUACGCUUUGGAGUGGUCACAGAUAAACGGGUAGCAGAGGAGAUCUCCCUGGUGCAUUCUGGCAGUGUGUAUUUGCACAGACAUGCCAACACAUCUCUUAUCUAUCCAAAAGACAUCAUGAACUUCACUGCUGAGAACAUUUGUAAGUGGGCUCUGGAAAAUCGGGAGAUGCUCAUACGUUGGCUGAGACCACAUGGUGGGAAAAGCCUUCUUCUAAACAAUGAGCUGAAGAAAGGACCAGCACUUCUUAUAUUUAUACCUUACAAUCCCCUAGCAGAAAAUCAUCCUCUUUUAGCUGAAAUUACCAAAGUGGCCUUGGAAUACCACAAGUGUAAUAAAAGCCAGGCAGCUGAGCCAGAUCUUCAGCACUUAGGAGACUCUGAUUCGCCAGCUUUUGAUUCCUCUGUAACAGAUGCGCAUCUGAAGUUCUCCGAAACAUUUCCCAUAGCCAAGUACCCAUGCUGUAACACGGUGGUGCUUCCACAGUGGCACUCAAUCUCCAGAACUCACAAUGUCUGUGAGCUCUGUGUUAACCAGACUCUUGGUGUCAAGCCAAAUAAAGUCCAUGUGCCACACUGUAACUUUUUAGAGAUAGAAGCAGCUUUGGAUUCUUUCUACCUCCAGGAACAUACCUUUUUUCAAGUAAUAUCAAAUACCAUAGAAUGCAGCAAUUUCUUAAGUUUCUAUAGUCCCUUUAGCUAUUACACUGCAUGUUGCAGGACAGUAAACAGGCAUUUUUUAAGUUUCAUUAGUUCUGAAAAGACCAUCUUUCAGACCCCCAAAGUAGCAUUUUCUUCCCAUGGGAAGAAAGAUAACACUCAAUUUUCUAUUCCUCACAUUGAGGAUAGGAAUUGUUUUAUUCCUGACCUUAAUAUUAGUAGCACGAACAUUACUGGUCUGAGCUGCAGGACCAACAAAACCUUGAAUCUCUAUCUACUGGAUUCGAAUCUCUUUUGGAUAUAUGCAGAGAGACUAGGAGCAUCAAGAUCUACUCAUCUUAAGGAAUUUGCUGCCAUUGUUGACCUGAAAGAGGAAGUGCACUAUGUCCUGGACCAGAAUCAGUCACUUGUUGGACCUACCCUCGAGAACUUCAUUAAAAAUUUCAGUGUUCUCUACAGUCCCUUGAAAAGGCAUCUGGUUGAUGACCCUUCAGUCCAUUUUCAUGAACAGCAUGUGGUGACUGAAGUGACCACAAACACCUUUCACAAGACCGUGUUCCUGAGUGCCAAGAAUGUCUUGCUGCUCUAUUAUGCACAGUGGUGUGGAUUCUGUGCUUCUCUUAAUCACAUUUUUAUUCAACUUGCUCGUCUUUUGCCUCCCGACAGUUUCACCGUGGCAAGAAUUGAUGUAACUCGAAAUGACCUUCCCUGGGAAUUUAUGACAGACCGUCUCCCAACCAUUUUAUUUUUUCCUCAUCAGAGGAAGGAGCAAAGUGUGAAGUUCCCUGAAGACUUCUCAGUUAACCUUCCUAAUCUCCUGAAAUUUAUUUUACAUCACUCAAGUCUUUCUCCAUCAGAGCCCUGUACCAAAGAAUGCCUACAUAAAGAGUCAGUUCUACAGCAAGGACACAUCUCACAUUUAGAGAGAGAAAUUCAGAAGUUAAGAUCAGAAAUCAGUGCCCUUCAUCAGGCCCAUGACCAGCUUGAAGCACAGCUUUCUGAAGCCAGGAGAGAGGAGCAGAGACUACAGCAGCAAAAACACACACUGGAAAAGCAGCACAAAACUCUGCAGCUCCACAGUGAGCAGUUACAGGCCACAUAUGACCAGAAGAAUCAAGAAUUGUUAGAAAUGGCUGAAAAGCUUCAUGAAUUAGCUGAUGCAUCAGAAAACCUCCUUAAAGAGAAUGCUUUACUGAGAAUUCUGGUGGCAGCGAGGGGAGAAAAGCUACAGAGAAAAGAUGAAAUUAAAGAACCCCUUCAAUCUGAGCAAACACUUUCUGAAGAUAAUGAUCUAUCACUUUCAACAGCUACUGCCACUUCAGAGGAAAAAAGGAUUGACAAUAUUGAUACCAUAGAGACAGAGCACAGUAGUGGAAAUAGGACAGAAUAAUUGCUUAUACCAAGUCAAAUGAUGCAGUAUUGGGUAGGUAUUUAUGCAAAUUUUAUUGACAUUCAUUGUAAAUAAAGACUUCUUCCCCCACAUGAUCUAGAAAAAGAAAAAUCAAAUGGAGUAUUUUUAUAUACUUGAACAACUUAUUAGAUACCCCCAUCUUAAGAGACGAGGAGAACGGAAAACACUUUCUGCACUUUACUAUUGCACUAACUUGCAAACACCUAUCCAUUUAAAUUAAAGAUACUGGUUUGUAGGGGCAACAGUGAAGCACCUCUGACUAAGGACCAGUUAGUUUUCACUGGCUUUCUCUUACAGCUGCUAGAAGGGAAAUUAGACCUUUGAUUUAUACUUUUCCAUAAUUUCUGAAGUUUGCCCUUUACACUGCAUUCUCUUUGCUGAAUUAAAAUAGAUACUUCAUCUGUGUAAUCAGUAAACUUGAAUGGACAAAGUCA